GGUUUUGGGGGCUGCUGUUCCUGAACCAGAGCUCUUAGUGCCAGCUGAACUUGCAAGGAGAGGAGUCAGCACUUCUGGCCGCAUACAGCCCCUGCUUUCAGGAUGGGUGAGGGACCUGGAAGUGCUGUAAGGAACACCCACAUGAGCAGAGACGUGCCGGAAAGGCCACUGGGCUUCCCACCUUCCCCUCUCUGUCCUUCCCUGUUUCCACGGUCGGGGCACUUGACUGGCUGCUUUGUUUCAAAUGUUGCUGCCUCAUUGGCUCCCGGCUCAAAUCUCCUCUAUUCCUGCUCCACUUCUUACAAGCUUCACUGUUAACCCCUCCGAGCCUCGCAGCUGUUGAUCACAGCUCCUCUCUUCCUUCCCUCCCUCCCUCCUCGCUUGCCAACGGAUCCUCACGGCGUGGGUGAGCGCAGCCGGAGCCACUUCCAGCCCUGGAAAAUGGUCUGCUAACCACUCUUAACCAUGUUCAGCAAGAAGAAGAAACGCAUUGAGAUCUCUGCACCCUCCAACUUCGAGCACCGCGUCCACACCGGGUACGACCAGCAGGAGCAGAAGUUCACAGGGCUGCCGCGGCAAUGGCAGGGCAUCAUCGAGGAGUCUGCCAAGAGGCCCAAGCCCCUGGUGGACCCCGUGUGUAUCACAGCCAUCCAGCACGGCUCACAGAAGGGACAGCCCCCUUUCCCACCCCGGCGUGACCAGCUCUGCCAGGAGAACGGCCUUUCCGAGGAUUUUGGCCGCAGCAAGGAGAAGAGCUGCUCCGCACCUCGCGCCGAUCCCGACCGGGGCAAGGAGCGACCCCGCGAGCGGGACCCACAGCGGCCCCGAGGGCAGGAGCCCGGCCCCAGAACCAGCAGUCGCCCACCCCCUCCUGAGUACCCCAAGCCCCCCCCUGAACGGGACGGCCCCGCCGACAGGGACUGCGGCGAACGGGACGAGCGCGUGGUGCGACGGGAGCGCCCCGAACCCGGUGACAAGCGACCCAAAUCCACCUACGGCAACCAAAGCAGCCCUCAGUCCCCCCGUGACAAACGCCCGCUCUCCGGGCCCAAUAUCCGGACUCCCAACAUCCCCGUGUCCGAAGGGGUGAUGAAGACCGCCCAGCAGACGGGACGACCCUUUAAUACCUACCCACGAGCUGAGACCGACCCCGUCCGGGGUGCGGGUGCACAGGCUGAACCUCGGCCGGGCAGACAGCAGGAAGCAGCACCCAACGGGCCAGCAGGCAGCACCGCCGGCUCCUCUCGAGCCCAGCCCCCCGGCCCACCCCGCUCCAAGGUCCCUGAGCCCCCCGCUGGCCUCACCCCGCACGCCUCCGAGCCCCACCUGGCCCGUCCUCCACAGCCUGGCCCCCCGCCCCCCGCUAUCGGCCCACAGCAGCCCUGUUCACCCCAACGAGAGCCCCAACGCGUCUCCCACGAACAAUUCCGGGCAGCUCUGCAGAUGGUGGUGGAUCCAGGAGAUCCCCGCACCUAUCUGGAUAACUUCAUCAAGAUAGGAGAGGGAUCCACUGGCAUCGUUUGCAUCGCCACUGUGAAGAGCAGCGGCAAGCUGGUGGCUGUCAAGAAGAUGGACCUGCGCAAGCAGCAGCGGCGUGAGCUGCUCUUCAAUGAGGUGGUGAUCAUGCGGGACUACCAGCACGAGAACGUGGUGGAGAUGUACAACAGCUACCUGGUGGGCGACGAGCUGUGGGUGGUGAUGGAGUUCCUGGAGGGUGGCGCGCUGACCGACAUCGUGACGCACACCCGGAUGAACGAGGAGCAGAUUGCAGCUGUCUGCCUGGCCGUGCUGAAGGCGUUGUCUGUGCUGCACGCGCAGGGUGUCAUCCAUCGCGACAUCAAGAGCGACUCCAUCCUGCUGACGCACGAUGGCAGGGUGAAACUCUCUGAUUUUGGGUUUUGUGCCCAAGUGAACAAGGAGGUGCCACGGCGGAAGUCGCUGGUGGGGACCCCGUACUGGAUGGCACCGGAGCUCAUCUCUCGCUUGCCCUACGGCCCAGAGGUGGAUAUCUGGUCCCUGGGUGUGAUGGUGAUCGAGAUGGUCGAUGGGGAGCCGCCGUAUUUUAACGAGCCGCCGUUAAAGGCCAUGAAAAUGAUCCGAGACAAUCUGCCCCCCAAACUGAAAAACGUGCACAAGGUCUCCCCCUCUCUCAAGGGCUUCCUGGACCGCAUGCUGGUGCGGGACCCGGUGCAGCGGGCCACAGCCAACGAACUCUUGAAGCAUCCCUUCCUGGGCAAGGCGGGCCCCCCCUCCUGCAUCGUGCCCCUCAUGCGUCAGAACCGCAUGCGGUGA